AUGAGCCAAGCCCAGCAGCUCCGGGCUGAGAGUGACUUUGAACAGCUUCCUGAUGACAUCCCCAUCUCAGCCAACAUCGCCGACAUCGAAGAGAAGAGAGGCUUCACCAGCCAUUUUGUUUUUGUCAUUGAGGUGAAGACGAAAGGUGGAGCCAAGUACCUCAUUUAUCGCCGCUAUCGCCAGUUCUACGCCUUGCAGACCAAGUUGGAGGAGCGCUUUGGGCCGGAGAACAAGAACAACCCCUUCACCUGCAGCCUGCCGGUACUCCCAGCCAAAGUCUAUGUGGGUGUGAAGCAGGAGAUAGCUGAGGCGAGGAUACCAGCACUCAACGCCUACAUGAAGAACCUGCUCAGCUUGCCUGUCUGGGUUCUGAUGGACGAAGAUCUCCGGAUCUUCUUUUACCAGUCACCCUACGACUCGGAGCAGAUACCCCAGGCUCUCCGCCGGCUCCGUCCACGCACCCGAAAAGUUAAGAGUGUCUCCCCUCAAGGUCCUAGCUUUGACAGCCUGGCAGCACCACGAGCAGAGGCCCUGUUUGACUUCACUGGGAACAGCAAACUGGAGCUGAGUUUCAAAGCCGGAGACGUCAUCUUCCUUCUCAGUCGGAUCAAUAAAGAUUGGCUGGAGGGCACCGUCCGGGGAACCACUGGCAUCUUCCCGCUGUCCUUUGUGAAGAUCCUCAAGGAAUUUCCUGAAGAAGAUGAUUCCACCAACUGGCUGCGCUGCUACUACUACGAAGACACCAUCAGCACCAUCAAGGACAUUGCAGUGGAAGAAGACCUCAGCAGCACCCCGAUGUUCAAAGACUUGUUGGAGCUCAUGAGGAAGGAAUUCCAGAGGGAAGACAUUGCCCUGAACUACCGGGACUCGGAGGGGGAUCUGGUUCGGCUGCUCUCAGACGAGGAUAUAAGGCUGAUGCUGAAGAAGGCCCAAGGUCUCCCCUCCCAGAAGCGCCUCUUCCCCUGGAAGCUGCACAUCACCCAGAAAGAUAACUACAAGGUCUACAACACUGUCCCCUGA